AUGCCGAUAUCGAACCUGCAUGAAGGGGAACCUAUCAAUAUGCACCUUGGCGAUCACGAUCAACAGAAUGAGUUUCAGCCUUUUCUUAUGAGUGAAGAAUCUGGCCCACGAGAGCGGCUUCCCCGGCGACUUCUAGGGCAACUUUCAAGGUCGUGGCGCAAGGCACAGGCGUUGAUCACCUCUGAGCAUGGCGUCAGUAUCUUCAAGUGCAGCCUUGCGUAUUUACUCGCAUCUCUAGCGGUUUUUAUUCCAUUUAUUGGGAAACUUCUGGGUCAGCAAUAUGGCAAACAUCUAGUAGCGACCAUCACCAUUUACUUCCACCCGGCAAGAUCGCAGGGCAGCAUGUACAGGGCGCUGAUAUGCGCCUCCGUCGCAUUUCUUUUUGCGACGUUUCUGUCAUUGUCUAGCAUGUGGGUGACCAUUGUCUUCCAUAGAAAGCAUGACUUGAUUGAAAUAGGUCAUGCUGUGGUUCUGGUCGUCUUCGUCCUGGGUGGUUUCGGGUUUAUUGGAUGGAUCAAACAGAGACUCCAAGACCCGCUCGUCAAUGUUGCAUGCUCUUUGGCUUCUUUGGCCUCGAUUCUGGUCAUUACCAAAGAAGGUGCUAUACAAACAGGUGAUCUUUCCUUCACAAAAAUCUCCCAGAUACUCAGGAUGCUGCUUUUGGGUAUUGGAGUCUCAACGGCCGUAUCUUUCUCGAUAAUGCCCGUUUCUGCCCGGAAUAAAUUUCGUGGAGACUUUUCUACCUUGAUGGGUACAACCUCAAUGAUGUUGAUGACUCUUACGGAGAGCUUUCUCCGAGGUACAGACCGGGAACUCAAAACAGCCGACUUCCUCCAUCUCUCUUCACACCAUGACAAAACCUUUGGCCACUUGAAGCAGCUACUAAGCGAGACAAAGCUCGAGCACUAUGUCGCUGGGACGAAUCGAGAGUAUUCUCUUGAGGAAGAACUUGUGCAAUUAAUGCAAGAUAUUACCCACGGCCUAGGGGGUCUGCGCAGUGUACUGGCCUUGCAGUCUGAAUUGCUUGCACCAACUAAAUGUACAGAACUUCCACAGCCUUCAAGAAUGAAAGGCCAGCUUUCUACCCCUCCUCUAUCUGAAAAUUCGAGAUUGACGAGCGAGUCAAGUGUCGGCUCGCCAACAUACACACAAGAUGUCGACAAUGAAUCGUCAAGUUCGGCUUCACAAACUAGACAACAGUCCUCUUCGAUUCAAUCUCCCGCUGAAAUCUUUCAGCAACUAACAUCUCGUCUCGAGAUCUCUAUCCUAUCGCUUGCUGUUGCCCUGAAAGAAACAUUUGAAGAAGCUUCUUUCGGAUCUGCACCCGACCGCCGUCUUUCAAUAAGCGAGGGAGUGAUUUCCCGCAUCAAUGAAGCAAUAGACUUAUAUGAAGAAUCUCGGCGUGCUGCGUUUCAUUCGCUUCGACGAGAUUGGCAGAUGAUAUCUCCAGCUCAGGUAGACAAAGCGAGCCUUGAAGAAAUCUUCGCUAAUUGCGAAUAUUUCUCCGUUGGUUUACUCAAGCUGAGCGAGCAGCUGCGAUCCCUUUUAUUGGUGUUGGAGGAUCUGCAGCUUGAGGUUGAUGAAAGACCUGCCGGGAAGUCUUGGAGCUGGCUCCGUCUUCCAUGGUGGCCGACUCGUCGGAAUGAAGACGUGCGAGGUUCAGGUGAAGCGCCUUUGUCGGGACGCCACCGUGCGGUCGACACCCGAAGCUCUUUACAGCCGCUCAAUAUCCGUGGUCGGCCGCAAGACCCAUACCGAGGACGAACACAUCACCAAGGAGGGAGGAAGGAUCCUGUGAGAGUGUUUGAUUUCCUGCGAAAGGAUGAGAUCAAGUUUGCUCUAAAAGUAGGCAUUGGAGCGGCGCUUUAUGCCCUGCCUUCCUUCAUAUCCGUGACCAGACCACUUUAUAUAUCAUGGAGGGGAGAAUGGGGUCUCAUCUCGUACAUGUUGGUAUGCUCCAUGACCAUCGGGGCGUCAAAUACCGCCGGUUUUGCUCGCUUCCUCGGUACAUGUCUCGGGGGCCUUGGUUCGCUGGGUGCUUGGUACCUCGCAGGAGGUGAUGCUUUUAAGCUCAUACUUACGGGCCUUGUCAUGGGGAUUGGACCCUUCUACUUGAUUAUUGUCAAGGGGCAAGGGCCUAUGGGCCGAUUCAUCCUACUAACCUACAACCUCUCUGUGCUUUACGCUUACUCACAGUCGCAAAUUGAUACUGAUGAUGGGGCCGAACAUCUCGAUAUCACUUCGAUCGUUCUCCGCCGAGUCGUCUCCGUCAUUGCUGGCAAUGUUUGGGGCAUCAUAAUUACGCGAGGAAUAUGGCCCAUUCGCGCACGAACAAAACUUGAUGAAACCCUGCAAUCGCUGUGGCUCAGGUUGGCAUUCAUUUGGGAAUCAGACCCGUUGAAUACCAUAUCCAGGGAUGGGGCAAACAUGCCUAUUCUUUAUAUGAACGAUCAUGACAAAGCCGAGGUUGAACACCUUCUCUCUCGGCUUGACCCCAUGCAAGCAUCCGCGCGUUCUGAAAUCGAAUUGAAAGAGCCGUUUCCAGAUUCUGCAUACGGUAGCGUGAUUCGCCGAACAAGAGAUAUUGUGGACAACUUUCAUUCCAUGGACCUGAUUCUCUCUGGACUGGGUGUACCUUCAGAAGGGCAGCUUUCGCUUCUGCAACACACUACCACUGCUAGACAGAGAAUGUCUGAUUGCAUCGCCAAUUUACUUACAACUAUAGCAGCGGCUGUUGAGGUUGGACAUACCUUCAGCGAUUUUCCUACGAAUGUUGACCGUCCCCGUGAUGAACUUCUGGCACAUAUAUCUCGAUAUCGUCAAGAUAAACGCGUGUCUGUCACGACAAAUGAUGAAGACUAUGUCUUGCUUUACGCUUAUAUCAUUAUGAGCCGCCAGUUGUCGAAUGAGGUGAUUCAAAUCACCACGGAGCUGGCUCACAUCUUCCCGGCCCCGGAAGGAGAUCUAAUUGGUGCCUUGCGAGUUUGA